AUGAGUGAUACAUAUAGAAGUGAUAUUGAAAGAAUUUAGAGAUUGAUAUAAUAAUUAAGAUCAGAUAUAUAGAAAAGAGAAUAAAAGAUAAAUGGUAAUCAACCUGUAGGAAUGAUUGAUGGGGAAAUAAGAGGAGGAAUUUCUAAACUAGGUAUCUAGAAUACAUUAUAAUUUGUAAGAUAGAGAAUUAGAAUUAUUAAAAUUACUAAUUGAAAGAUAAAAUUAAAAUUAAGAAGUAUUAUAAAAAGAAGGUGAAACAAGAAAAAAUAAAUUAUUGGAAUUGUAGAAUGNAGCUUAAUAAGUAUUUAAAAUUUAAAUAGAAGGUAUAUGCAUUAUUGAAAGAGAAUUAUGUUGAAGAUGAUGACAAUAUGUUUAGAUUUGAUUACUCAAUUGAUUUUUUGAGAUGGGCAUUAUUACCUCCAGGAUAAUAUCCUGAUUGGAUAGUAGGUGUUAAAGUAAAUUAAAAGUUGGUUGGAUUUAUAACAGGAAUUCCAGUUACACUUAAUAUAGAGAAUCAAUAAACAAAAAUAAAGAUGACAGAAAUAAAUUUUUUGUGUGUUCAUAAAAAAAUAAGAGCAAAUAGAUUGGCUCCAGUUUUGAUUAAAGAAAUAACAAGACGAGUUCAUAUUAAAAAUAUGUGGCAAGCAGUUUAUACAGCUGGAAUAGUUGUUCCAACUCCAAUCUCUUAAACUAGAUAUUAUCACAGAAGUUUGAAUGCUAAAAAAUUAAUUGAAGUUGGAUUUUCAUCUCUUUCUGCAAGAUAAACAAUUUCAAGAUAAUAAAAACUUUAUAAAUUACCUGAAGAAACAAAAACAUAAGGAUUAAGAUCAAUGAAAAAAAAAGAUGUAGCUUAAGUUACUAAAUUACUAAAUGAAUAUUUAAAGUAUUUUAAAUAUCUUUUAUUAUUAGAAAAUUUAAAUUGUAUUUUAAAUAUACUGAAGAUGAAGUUAAACAUUGGUUUAUACCAAGAAAGGAUGUUAUAAGCACAUAUGUAGUAGAAAAAGAAUAAGGAAUAAUUACAGAUUUCUUAUCUUUUUAUAAUCUUCCAAGUUAAGUGAUUAAAAAUCCUAAAUAUACUCAUUUAAAAGUACUUUACAUUUUAAUAUAUAAUUAAAGGCAGCCUACUCAUAUUAUAAUGUAGCAACAUAAACUCCAAUUGUAUAAUUAAUGUAUGAUGCAUUGAUUUUAGCAAAAAAUGAAGGUUAUGACGUAUUUAAUUGUUUAGAUAUUAUGGAAAAUGAAAAAUUUUUGAAAGUAUAUGGUUUUUUGAUAUUGAAAAGGAAUUAAUGUUCUGUCCAGGUGAUGGUUAAUUGAAUUAUUAUCUAUAUAAUUGGAAAUUAGAAAGUAAUAUGCUUAAACCAGAAGAAAUAGGAAUUGUUCUUGUAUGA